AUGCCAUCUGUGGUUGCAAGACCUGCUCCAUCGGCGACGAGUACCGCCUCGCCCUUGUCGCCCCGCAGACCGUCCAUCUCCCUUCUCUCACGAAACAUCGACAGCGUCAUACUCGGCAACGUCCAGUUCGAAACAUGGUACUACUCACCAUAUCCUGACAGCAUCAUCCUCUCGUCAGAAAAUCCACCUACGAAUCUUCGAAAUGGUGAAUUGAACGGCCGAACCGUGUCACCCUCUGCAAGUUCGGCUGCCUCGACGACCUGCCCUGUGCUACAUGUUUGUCCAUACUGCUUCCGCUACACCCCACACAAGCUUGCUUACGUGGUCCAUCUACGCCACCAUGAGCAGUUGCGGAAGCAAGACUUCGACCUGCCUCCCGUUCCAGCAUCAGCUAUGCCCGUCUACAGUCAUGGUGGAUACUCUGUUUGGGAGGUAGAUGGCGAGACGGAGAAGCUGUAUUGCCAGAACCUGUCGUUAUUCGGGAAGCUGUUUUUAGAGCAGAAGAGCGUGUUCUUUGAUACGGGAGGGUUUCUUUACUAUGUUCUGACCUACACACCACCAGAGCAUGCCUUUAGCUCGGGGAGUAACGCCACGAAUCAGGAGCACAUGCAUGGCGAUGGCAGGGAAGACCUUGGCUUGAAGACUGAGGUGCUGGGCUUCUUUUCCAAAGAAAAUCCAUCGUGGGAUAGCAACAACCUGGCCUGUAUCCUGAUAUUCCCUCCAUAUCAGCACCGACAGCUGGGCAAGCUUCUCAUGUCGGUGUCCUACAAGUUAUCAGGUUGGGAAUGGGAAGGAGGAGUCAUUGGGGGUCCCGAGAAGCCACUAAGUGUGAUGGGCCGAAGAAGCUACCUCAGAUUCUGGAGCGAGCGGAUAGCACGUUUUAUGCUUGGAGAGAGUGCCGAUGCCGACGGUAGGAAGGUAUUUGAUGACGGUAAGAAGAGGAAGGGACGGAAGGCUGCAGUGAUGAAGAAAGCGUUAACAGUGAAAGAGAUUGGGGAGAGGACGGGAAUGCUAGCGGAGGAUGUGGUGGCUGCACUGGCAGAAAUGGGGAUCUGCGAGAUGAUGAUGCCGAAGAAGGCUAGAUUGAAGAAGAGCGGGGAGGUAAACGGGAUAGGACGGAUGGCUGCAGUGACGGGGAACGAUGUUGAAGAAGACGUUGUGACCAUGAUUGUGAAGAGGUCGAAAGUGGCAGAAUGGGUACAGAAACACAACGUGGACCUUCAUGAUCCUGUCCGAGAGGCAGGAUUUAUUGGUGAAUGGGCCAUGAGUGAGGCCGAGACCAACCCAGAAGACAUUGAAAUGGAAGAGCACGAUGGGCAGUAA